AAGAAAGAAUCUGCAUUUGAUCGAAAGCUUUCAUCGUCGUCUGCACCAAGAACACCACCUCCUCCUCUUCCGAUUCGGCUCUCCGCUCCCCGUCGGAAGCUUCUUCGGAUUGCGAAAACCGGAGGCGAUCGCUCGCCCGCUCGCUCGCCGGCAAACAUGAGAGGCAAAGCGAUCAGGCAGAGCUGGAGCUCCAAGUCGAAGCUGGGGUUGCCUGUGGUCUUCUUCACUUGCUCCUUCUUCUUCCUCGCCGGAUUCUACGGCUCCUCUCUUCUUCCUCAGGAUGCGUCUGGAGUAAGAACAAGGGCGAGAGUUCUCGGAUCGGUCAGGGACGAGAGAGACUAUGCGCCGUUGCUGUGUGGAGAGACCGGGGAUGAUUCGUUCGUUUCGAUUCCUUUCCAGGUGUUGAGCUGGGGACCUCGUGCUCUCUACUUUCCUAAUUUUGCGACAGCAGAACAAUGCCAACUCAUAAUAAAAAUGGCAAAGGGAAGUCUCACACCUUCAACCGUGGCGUUGAGAAAGGGAGAAACAGCACAGAACACGAAGGGCAUUAGAACAAGUUCUGGCAUGUUCAUAAGUGCUUCUGAAGACAAAACUGGAACCUUGGACAUUAUUGAAGAGAAAAUUGCAAGAGUGACGAUGCUUCCAAGGGAACAUGGAGAGGCAUUCAAUGUGUUACACUACGAGAUUGGGCAGAAAUAUAAUUCUCACUAUGAUGCAUUCAAUCCCGCUCAAUAUGGCCCACAAAAAAGCGAGAGGGUUGCCUCUUUUUUGCUGUACUUAUCUGACGUUGAAGAGGGGGGAGAAACUAUGUUCCCUUUUGAGAAUGGUAGGAAUAUGGAUGGGACCUAUGAUUUUAAAAAAUGUGUAGGACUGAAGGUGAAACCACAGCAGGGUGACGGACUUCUCUUCUAUUCCUUAUUACCAAAUGGUACAAUUGAUCCUACCUCACUUCACGGGAGCUGUCCUGUGAUCAAAGGGGAGAAAUGGGUGGCAACAAAGUGGAUUAGAGACCAAGGGAGAUGAUUAAUCGUCCGUAGUGCGUCACUAACCACCGUGAGACUAUGCACGAGUUUGCGAUAUCGAGCAUAGGCAUGUACUCAUUAUUUAAUUAGUCUCAAGUGGCUUUUUGAUUUAAUAAAUGCCUCUUCUUUAUGAACAGUACCAUUACUGUCAUAUUAGCAUUUUGUCUGUCAAUAUUUACAGAUGAUCCCAUCUCAAAGAGAAAGUUUCACUGAUAAUACGAAGAU